CCCAAAUUAAAAUGGCGGAGGUCAUCUGAACUGAACUACAGACAUGUUAUCUUGCAAAGCUAGGAAGUUUUCAUCAUUCUCUAAGUCACUGAGCCUUGGGCUUUGUUCUUACCGGUUUGCCAAGGCUUCAUCUGUCCUUGAACAAAGGUACAUUUGCAGCGAUGCUCGUGCCUUCUUCAUUUUUGUUGAUCUACCAAGAAAGUUUUCACCAGCUUCAUGUAGGCUUCUGAGUACUGCAAGCUGUUUCCUUAAAGAAAGCCUUACGUCGUAUGAUAAAAAGGAUGUCAUAUUAACUGGCGAGACGAUAGCGACUUCUAAUUUCAGUUCAGGUGAAAUGGCAGUUGUAGACAACAGUUCACCACGUGGCAGAUUGCAUUCUACCCUUGCUGAGUACACGUUAGACGAAGAUGGUUUUAUGAACAUAGAGGAUCUUGUAGAUUUCCUAAAAAGAGAGAAUGCUAUGGAAAUCUGUGUAGUUAAGACAAGUGGAGACAGACGAAGCUAUGUGGACUACUUUGUAAUUGUUAGCGGUGUCUCUGUGAGACAUUUGCGAGCUAUGGCUAAGAACUUGGAGCAGCUGGUAGGUAGAGUAGUUCCCUGCUAGCAGAGGUCUCUCACGUCGUGAGAGACCUCUGCUAGCAGGGAAGUAGAAUAGAUAUGCGUUAAUGACCAAGCGUGAGAUCAAAAUAGGCGAUGGCUGGAUAUUGGCCAAGUUCCUUUUUGCAUUUUUAUUCGUCAAGGUCAUUAAAAUGCAAAAAAGAUAAGGCCAAGAAGAUGUAGCUAUGAUCUUGACCGAACAAACUUGGCCAACAAAGGAUUUAUUAUAUGGCGAAAAAGAAAACUUUCUCUUGGGGGUCUAACGCGGGAAAUCCAGAGUCCCAUCUUGCCUGCUCACGUAGCCACUCAGGUAACCAAUCAGAAUGCAGGAUUUGCAUUAUCUUGCUCACUCACAGUUUUAGGCAUAUAAUAACAGAUGCUCAUUGACUGGAUUGGAGGAAUGAAAAGAUCCCUGAGUGACAAGUGGUUGGUAGGCAAGAUGAACCUUUGGAAGGGCAGAGUCUUCCUUUUUUGGACAAGAUACACUUCCCCCUAAUUAUUCCACAAAAUAUCAACUCCUAUAUUUUAUAGAAGCCCUCUGUGUGGGGGGAGGGGGUUCCGUUGUUCCUAGAAUGAAUUUCAAAAACUAUUUUUAUACUAAUUUCACUCAACUAAACAAGGAAUGCCACCGGUUGAUUCUUGACUGUGAUACAUUUGAGCAAUUGUACCCCGCUUGGGAUACAUUACGGAUGUUAUCAAAGCAUGGUGGAAAGUGGCGUGACAGAAAGGGGGAAAAGCACUGCCAGUUUUCUUUUUUGUGACUGAACACAACAACACAAACAAAAGCCUCAGGCUUAAAAGCGAUGAUUUUCAAAGAUAUCCUGAAAGAGAAACGGCAGCUAGUGGAGGAAACAUAUGCAGAUAUUAUAAGGAAAGUGCUUUGUAAAUCAUUCAUGAUCAUUUAGUCAGUGGUUUUGAGAAUUAAAUAAUUUAAUUCUCAAAACCACUGAAUGAAUACAAAUUAUUUGUGUUCUUGUAAGUACCAAGUCGGCUGUUUUGAUUCGCUCCGGUGAUUCCUAUGUUGCUGUUGAAGUGAAAGUCUAGAAAUAUGGGUCCCUCGGGAAACCAGUUAGUUUUGUUUUCCCUCGAGUCCUGAUGUUUCUCAAGACUUCAUCUCGGGGAAACAUCAGGACUCUUGGAAAACAAAACUAACUGUUUCCCUGGAGAUCUAACAUUAAGUGUAUAUUGUUUCACAUAGUGAGGAGAAACCCAUGUCCCUGUCUUCAUUACUGUGGCAGUUUCAACCCAUAUAUCUGUGUUGGUUGUCACCAUUUUAUCUAUCUUAUGUCAAAGUUACAAGGGCAUGUCGCUGUUGAUAUUUACCUAACAGGGCGUCAUUAUAGCUAGGCCAUGAAUUGGCAUCCAUAUCAGAAAGCAUCUGUAAUAGUGGAGUGUGAAAAGAAUAUUCCUAGGAAGGUUAUAGCUCUAUGAAGUCACAAAAUUUUAAAGUUGUUUAUUUUGAGUGCAAAGGUGGGUGAAAUUUUGUGAUUUGUGGGGCGAUAUGUUUAUUAUUUUUUACCCAUCACUGUCAAAUUUUAAUCCUGGAUUAAUGCUAAUCGGGCUUUCAGGAACGGGACCCCUGUCCAGUUGUCCAGGACAAGUCCUACUCACCUGCCCGAAGGGCAAAGGUCUAGGCAUGUCAUGCUUGCACUAAAUCAUAAAGUGAGACAAGCAUGAGACUACCCCAGGCAAGCAAUAUGUUAUUGCCACUGCUAGUCACGAGUGCAAGCUGGACUUCAGGUUUUUUACAGCCCUGGGCCCGGUUCCUCAAAAGAUUGUUAAGGUUAACCUAUGAUUAAGCCGAAUUUUAAGCAAGGUUUUCUUGUCUAAGUAACUCAAGCUUACAAAAUACUAUUGUGCCUUUACUGCAAAAAAAGGAUCCAGUUAUUCCCCCAGAACUUUCACCCACUAAUCAGCACAUACAGACGUGGGAAUGUUUUUUCCUUACAAAAUAACUUUCUUUUAGUUUUAUAACAUGUAUAAUGUUUCCGUUAAGGCAUUUGUCAUCAUCCAAGUGAGUUGAGUCUGAUUUAAUAUAGCUACUUAUGAUCUAACCCUCAUGGCUAUUUUCUCUAUAGUUCAGAGGGCAUGAGGUGCGUGGCAUUGGAAGAGAUGGCCAUGUGGUUGUAGAGGGUUUAGAGAAUGAUCACUGGGCAGCUUUAGAUAUUGGUAAGAAUUUUUAAAAACAACAGCAUUCAAAAUCCAAAAAGCUUGAAAUGAAUGAACUCCAGUCUGAAGAGCUUGAAGGUUAUGUUUAAACUUGGGGCCUGAGUACUCAUCCAAUUUAAUACCCGAUUUUGUGUUCUGUACACGUUCUAUCUACCAGUAUAAAUUACUGUGAGACACUAUUUUGAAAACAAGUGUCAUGGAGCAUGGGUAUACAACAAACAUAGCGUUUAAAGUCUUGAAAUUAUUUGAACCCAUUUUAGUUUCCAUUUGAGAGCCAUAACUUCAAUAUUCUCUUGUUUUGCAGGUAACAUUGUUGUGCACUUCUUUCUCCCUGAAAUGAGAGCUGUUUAUGAACUAGAAAAACUUUGGACACUGGGACCAAAGUAUGAUGACCAGUCAAAAGCUAUGCUUCAGCAAGAGAGAUUUAUGGGAGCUGUUGAAUUUGGUACAAAUAUGGAUGAAUCUGCUGAUGAAUAAAAAUUUUUUUAUUUUCAAAAUAAAUUUCCUGUUUUUUUAUAUAUAUAAGCUCAUUGAAACACCAAUUACAGCUGUAAGUACUUGUAGUAGAAAUACAUGUAUGAUUUGUCCCUAACACAGUCACAUCAAGAUAUCAAGCGAAAUUAGUGAAAUGAAAUGAUCCAAACAAACAGUGCCUGGAAAAUCUGGAUAGGGAAAUGGAUGUUUGUGUACUCUAACUUGUUAUAACCUCUACAAUGGUCACCUCCUUGCUGUACCCACUGAGGCCUGUCCUAAAGGCAGUGUUCAGAGAUGUUUGACUGUGGGUUUGACUAAAUGAAAUUUGAACAAGUUGGCCUCAGCUCUCAGUGUAUAUCUUCGUAGCUCAGUUGAUAGAGCACUGCAGGGCUAACACAGAGGCCAUUGGUUUGAAUCCCAUUGAAGCUCUGAGACUUUUUUCCAGGCUAAUUUACAGAUUGUUUUCGCAACUGCGACAGUCAUAUUUAUAUUGCCACAGAGCAGGACAGACAGUUGCAGUUCACAGAAUUUGUU